GGCUCCUUCUGGGCCGUGACGGCGCCGCCGGCCGCGUCCCUCGCUCUCAAAAUGGCGGACGGAGCCGACGGAGGUCCCGGAGCAGGAGCGGCGGGCGGCCGGGCCUCCGCGCAGGCCCCGGAGCGAGCUAUGUGGUGUGAUGAAAGAUUCGACUUCCAAGGCACAUUUUUACAGUGCUUGGCAAAACAUGUGCCAAAUAUUUACUCAGCUGAAAUGGACCCCUUGCUGGAGAAACAAGAAGAAAUGGUCCAGGCAGCAAUAUUAUAUCCCCUGGAGUGUUAUUUGUUUGGGGAGGACCCAGAUAUAUUCCUGGAGAAGCUACAACAGAGUGGAACCUCCCAGCUCUGUGGAAAGGUGUUCAAAGGAGGGGAGACAACAUACUCUUGCAGGGACUGUGCAGUUGAUCCAACUUGUGUGCUCUGUAUUGACUGCUUCCAGAAUAGCAUUCACAAGAAUCACCGGUACAAGAUGCAUAGCUCCACUGGAGGUGGCUUUUGUGACUGUGGGGAUACAGAGGCAUGGAAGGCUGGACCACUGUGUACUAAGCAUGAGCUUGGAUCAUUGAGUUCUCCAAAAGAAAAUUCUGAAUGUCAGUUGAAUGAAGAAAUUAUGGAGCACUCUAGGAGGGUGUUUCCCUCUGUGAUAAAAUACAUCGUAGAUAUGCUUAUCUGGGAAGAAGAAAAGGAACUGCCUCUGGAGCUCACAGUUAGUAGAGAGAAAGUAGACAGCUACUACUGUGUCCUUUUCAAUGAUGAACACCAUUCUUAUGACCAUGUCAUCUACAGCCUGCAAAGGGCACUUGGCUGUGAACUUGGUGAAGCCCAGUUGCAUACUACUGCCAUAGAUAAAGAGGGUCGUAGAGCUGUUAAGGCAGGACAUUAUGCCUCUUGUCAGGAAGCAAAAGAAGAAAUUAAGAGGCAUUCUGAAAAUGUUUCUCAACGACCACUUCACGUGGAGGUUCUGCACGCUGAUGUUAUGGCACACCAGAAGUUUGCUUUGCGCCUUGGUUCUUGGCUGAACAAACUCAUGAGCUAUUCAAGUGACUUUCGUCAGAUCUUUUGUCAAAUAUGUCUCAAAGAAGAAGCUGGAUCUGAAAAGCCGUGCUUUAUAAGCAAGUUGAUGCUAUGGGAUGCAAAACUUCAUAAAGGGGCAAGGAAGGUUCUCCAUGAGCUUAUCUUCAGUAGUUUUUUCAUGGAAAUGGAAUACAAAAAACUUUUUGCUGUGGAAUUUGUGAAGUAUUACAAGGCAUUGCAAAAGGAAUACAUUAGUGAUGAUCACGACAGAGUUCUCUCCGUGACAGCACUCUCAGUUCAGAUGUUCACCGUACCCACUCUGGCCCGACAUCUUAUUGAAGAGCAAAAUGUAAUCACCACCAUUACAGAGACACUCCUAGAAGUGCUUCCAGAGUACCUAGACAAAAAUGACAAGUUCAACUUCCAAGGCUACAGUCAGGACAAACUGAAUCGGGUAUAUGCAGUAAUAUAUGACCUCAGGUAUGUCUUAGUCAGCAAGCCUACAUUAUGGACAGACCGCCUGAGGGAGCGUUUUUUGGAAGGAUUUGUUUCUUUCCUAAGGAUUCUAACUUGCAUGCAGGGAAUGGAAGAGAUAAAAAGACAGAUUGGUCAGCACAUUGAGGUGGACCCUGACUGGGAAGCAGCUAUUGCUAUACAGAUGCAGCUCAAGAACAUUCUUUUGAUGUUCCAGGAGUGGUGUGCCUGUGAUGAAGAGCUGUUGCUCAGGGCCUACAGAGAAUGCCAUAAAGCUGUGAUGAGGUGCAGCACAAAUGGUCGCUCUCGGGAAAAGACAGUGUUUCACUUAUGUGGCCAUACCCUGGAGAGCAGACCUUACAGAGUGUCUGCAGAUCCUGUCAGCAUACAUUUGCCACUGUCUAGGACUCUUGCUGGUCUUCAUGUGCGAUUAAGCAAGACAGGAACCAUCUCAAGAUUGCACGAGUUUGUUUCUCCUGAAGAAUUUCAAGUGGAGCUGCUAGUAGAAUAUCCUUUGCGAUGUCUUGUCUUGGUGGCUCAGGUUGCUGCAGAGAUGUGGAGAAGGAAUGGACUCUCUCUGAUAAGCCAGGUAUUCUAUUAUCAAGAUGUUAAAUGCAGAGAAGAGAUGUAUGAUAAAGACAUCAUCAUGCUCCAGAUAGGUGCAUCUCUUAUGGAUCCAAACCAGUUCCUCCUGUUGAUGCUGCAGAGAUACGAGCUUGCUGAUGCUUUCAAAAAGAUCAAACCCACCAAAGAUCAGGAUUUAAUCAAACAAUAUAACAUUUUAAUAGAAGAGAUGCUACAGAUUCUCAUCUAUGUUGUGGGGGAAAGAUAUGUUCCUGGAAUCAGCAAUGUGACAAAAGAAGAUGUUAUAAUGAGAGAGAUCAUCCAUCUGUUAUGUAUUGAACCAAUGGCUCACAGUGCAAUUACUAAGUCUUUGCCUGAAAAUGAGAACAAUGAAACUGGCUUGGAGAAUGUCAUUGAUAAAGUGGCUACAUUUAAGAAACCAGGUGUCUCUGGCCAUGGAGUUUACGAACUAAAAGAUGAGUGCUUGAAGGAAUUCAAUAUGUUCUUUUAUCACUAUACUAAGACCCAGCACAGCAAGGCUGAGCAUACGCAAAAGAAAAGAAGAAAACAAGAAAACAAGGAUGAAGCAUUGCCACCACCUCCUCCUCCAGACUUCAGUCCUGCCUUCAGCAACGUGGUGAGGAUUCUGAACUGUGAUGUUAUGAUGCACAUCCUGCGGACCCUUCUUCAGAGAGCAGUGGAACUGGAAACCCAUUUUUGGACUGAGGCUAUGAUUCAAAUGGUGCUCCAUCUCCUUUCUUUAGGGUUACUAGAGGAGAAGCAGCAGUUACACAAGUCUCCAGAGGAAGAAGUAUCCUUUGAUUUUUAUCACAAAGCAACACGAAUGGGAAGCUCAGCCUUAAAUGCUGUGAACGUAUUAAUGCUUCUGGAAAAACUGAAGAGUGUUCCUCAAUUAGAGGCACAGAAGGACACAGUCAAUUGGAUACUGCAGAUGUUUGACAUGGUGAAAAGACUGAGGGAAAAAUCUAGUUUGACAACAGUAGCAGCUGCAUCAGCCUCAGAAGCUACAAAAGGUGAUGAGACACAGAGCACUCAGGAUAAAGAGAAAGCUGAGCGGAAGAGAAAGGCAGAAGCAGCAAGGUUGCACCGUCAGAAGAUAAUGGCCCAGAUGUCUGCACUUCAGAGGAAUUUUAUUGAAACCCAUAAGCUCCUCUAUGAAAACACACUGGAGGCUCAGGGGAAAGAAGAUGCUAUUAUGGAGGAAGAAAGCGUGUCUUCAGCAAUUGAUUACUCCAAAAUUGCUUUGGGUCCCAAACGAGGUCCAUCUGUUGCUGAGAAAGAGGUCUUGACCUGUAUUCUUUGUCAGGAGGAGCAAGAAGUAAAGUUGGAAAGUGCUGCCAUGGUGUUAUCUGCCUGUGUCCAGAAAUCAACUGCCUUAACUCAGAAUAGGAGCAGAAUUCUUGAACUCUCAGGGGAUACACUAGAUCCUCUCUUCAUGCACCCUGACUUACCUUGUGGGACACACACAGGAAGCUGUGGUCAUGUGAUGCAUGCAGCCUGCUGGCAGAAAUACUUUGAAGCAAUGCAGCUCAACUUUCGACAGCGUCUGCACGUUGAACAGAUAUUUGACUUGGAGAAUGGAGAGUAUCUCUGUCCACUUUGCAAAUCUCUGUGCAAUACUGUGAUUCCUAUCGUUCCAUUGCAGGCUCAAAAAAUAAACAGUGAGGAUGCAGAGGCAGUUGCUCAAAUCCUGUCCCUAGCUAGGUGGCUGGAGAUUGUCACAGUCAGGAUAUCAGGCUACAGUGUGAAAAAUGCUAAAGGAGAGAAGCAAAAUCUUUCAGCUUUCAUCAGCAAGGGAAUGGGGAACUCUGCCUUGGAAUUCCAUUCCAUCCUUAGUUUUGGAGUUCAGUCCUCAGCCAAGUACUCAAGCAGUAUCAAGGAGAUGCUUAUUCUCUUUGCCACCACCAUUUAUAGAGUUGGGCUAAAAGUUGCUCCAAACGAAGCUGAUUCGCGGAUUCCUAUGAUGACCUGGAGCACAUGUGCUUUUACUAUCCAGUGUAUAGAAAAUCUCUUGGAAACGGAAGGCAAGCCUUUAUUUGGAUCUCUACAAAAUAGACAGCACAGUGGCCUUAAAGCAUUAGUGCAGUUUGCAGCUGCUCAGAGAACAACAUCACCACAGGUCCUGAUUCAGAAACAUCUGAUUCGUCUUCUAGGAGUUCUCCUACCAAACUUUAAAGUGGAGGAUACUCCAUCACUUUUAGAAGUAGAUAUGUUCCACAUUUUGGUGGGAGCUGUGUUAUCCUUUCCAUCAUUAUACUGGGAGGAUGCUGUAGACUUGCAACCUUCAUCAAUUAGUUCAGCCUAUAACCACCUCUACCUCUUCCAUCUGGCAACACUGGCACACAUAACGCAAAUUGUCAUCUGUUCAGCAACAGAAUCCUCCACUGCUUGCUCACCUGACAACAGUGAGGAGGCACAGUCUGCACAGUCUUUCUGUAGGGAGGUUUGCCAGUACACCAGUGGUUGCUUUAGCCAGGAUAUUCCAGGCUGGCUUGUGUGGGACUGUGUUAAAAAAGGCAUCAUGCCUUACCUUCGUUGUGCUGCUUUAUUUUUUCAUUAUUUGCUGGGAGUUUCUCCACCCGAAGAACUACUACAAGAUUCUGAAGAAGGGCAAUUCAAGGCACUUUGUAGUUACCUCUCUCUACCUACAAAUUUGUUCCUGCUCUUCCAUGAGUAUUGGGACACAGUAAAUCCACUGCUUCAAAGGUGGUGUGCUGACCCGAUGGUGUUAAGUUGUUUGAAGGGGAAAAGCAUUGCAAUAAGGUAUCCUAGGAAAAGAAAUCAUUUAAUAGAGCUUCCUGAAGACUACAGUUGCCUUCUGAACCAAGCCUCUCAGUUUAGAUGUCCACGGUCUUCUGAUGAUGAACAAAAACAUCCAGUAUUGUGUUUGUUCUGUGGGGCUAUGUUGUGUUCCCAGAAUACUUGCUGUCAAGAACUGGUGAAUGGAGAGGAGUUGGGAGCCUGUACUUCUCAUGCUCUUCAAUGUGGAGCUGGAGUCUGUAUGUUUCUCAAAAUCAGGGAAUGUAAAGUUGUCCUUAUUGAAGGUAAAACCAGGGGCUGCUUAUACCCUGCACCUUACUUGGAUGAAUAUGGAGAAACAGAUCCGGGUCUAAAAAGAGGCAAUCCCUUGCACUUAUGUCGGGAGCGUUACCGGAAGCUCCAUCUGCUAUGGCAGCAACACUGCAUCAUAGAGGAGAUUGCCAGGAGCCAAGAAACUAAUCAGAUCGUCUUUGGAUUCAACUGGCAACUGCUCUGAGUCUCUUGAUUUUUAGUGAAAACUCUUACCUUUGGCAGUGCUUUGGAAAAGGAAGGAAAGGAGGGUGGCAGUAAAAAAAACCUACUCAAGUGAAUUCUGUAGUUCAGACACAAUUGGUGGAUUCUCUAGGUUGGAUGUAUCACUGAUAUAAUGAAACAGAAUCUCAUGUCAUAUGUUUUCCUUGUAUUUUUUUCUCCUUUCUAAAAGGAAAACCACAUUCAGUAAUUAUUACUGAACAUUCAUGUCCAGAAAUAUUUCCACUUUUUUCAGAAGUUGUAAUUAUUUCAUGUAUUUUCAUGAGGACAGCUUCCCAAAUGCUGUGCUUCGGAGCACACACCACACUUCUGUCUCUUCCAUGCCUUGAGAACAUACCAAAAUGGUGUUGCCAAGGAAAAGCCUCCUUUACUUUCUCUCUGGGUUCUUUUCCCAAGCUUUAAAUAGGUCAAGAUAAUAUUGGAGUGGAAGUGGUGCCAGGCCUUUAGUCAUCUGUAGCAACAGGUAAAAUAGAGAGUAAAUUUUACAGAAAUAGUCUGCAUUCAGCUAUACACUGGGAUUUAAUGAAGAGUUUUCAUUAAUGAAUUCUUCAAAUGAGAAGUAUGGGAUAGAAAGUGCAUGGUGGGAAUUACCAUCUUGCUUGUUGCAUCAAAAAAUUAAGUCUGUGCUUUUUGCGUUGCCAGAACUGCACUUCCUAUCUAAAGAAUUUGUCCUCUAUUAGUGUUGUAUAUCUUAAGAGGUCUAGGGCUACAGUAUUUGGCUAGGUUGUGGUUAGUUUUACUUUUUUACAGUUUGUUUUCUGAGGUUUUCCCCAAGAAUCAAAAGUAAAAAUACUGCUGCUGGGUAGUUGUAGUGUAGCUCUGCAAGUUAUACAAGAGCCAGAGACUUCAGUAAGGUAAAUGACCUUCAAAGCUAUCACUGGACUAAAAUAAAGUCCCGGAAGCAGCAAGUUUUAGAAUCAGAAAUAAGUUUGCUCAUAUUUGAGGGGGUUUCCACUCUUCAUCCUCUGUUACUAUUGUUUGGAGCAUGUUUUGGAGCCUGCAUAAAUGAAAUGGUGUGUUUUGGGGAGCAUGUUCAGUGGUUCAGUGCCAGGUAGAGCAGAAAAGGGAAAAAAAGGUGGCUAAGUCUGUUUCUUUGCCCUCCAGUUAAUAGCACAUUGUGAUUGAACUCUCUCUCAAUGAUACGUUAUUUUGCUUUAGUUCUAAAUGUUUGUUCUGUUUUCUGAAUUUCAACCCUAAUAUACAUGAGAGAAUUUUUAAUGUGAUGGGUAAAAAUGCUUUCCCAGGAAAUACCAUUUCCAUGUGAAAGUCUGAAGUUUUCAUUACCCUAAAUUUCCCUGCCUCUUUGCUGUUUGGAUUCUUUUGUGCCAUUUUAAUAAGACUUUCAAGGGGAGGUUUUCAAAUUAAUGUCUGAGAGCAUGUUUUUGUAUGAUGUCUUUUUCAUUUUGCCACGAUUGUAUGUGACAUGGUAGAAUCACAAAUAAUGAUUUAGAUUUAAAUAUUCUUCUCCUGUUUGGUUUUUUUUUAAAGCUUUUUGAGUAUGUAUGUAUAAGUGCACUGAACAGCACCAUAAGUAAUCUAAAAAUGGAAUACCAAUGAACUCAAAUAUUGUUCUAGUUUCAAAUACUUCUUAAAAACUUUUGCUGUAAUCCUUCCCUGGUGAUACAAAAAGUUGGCUUCGGUAUAUUUUUAAGGUAUUCUGUUUCUUGAAAUUAAGACCCUUCUCCUUAUUUUGAUUCUAUCAGAUUUUAAACCUGAAUAUUAAACUCUUUGAAGACAAACAUUAAUUCUGUUAGUCUUCACAUACUGAAUUUAGAACAGUUGUCAUGAAAACUUGCAUGCACUGGUGAUUUUUAUGUCAUCAAAACACUUCUUACCAACAAAAACAUUGAAUUAAUACUAGCAGAUGUAUGCCUCAUUGAUACCAAGCUGUAUUCUCUUACUGUUUCCCUCUGAUAUUUACUAAUUCAUUUAUCAAAAAUUUUCAGUUAUCUCGCACUUCACUGAUACAAAAAUUCCAUUGUCAAAUAUGCAGUGAGAUCACUUUAUUUUGUUUUCUGUCUGAACUGUAGUAUAUAAGAACAGGAGUUGGUAUGAGCAGGUGAGCUUGUUUAAAGCUCUAGAAACCUCUUUGUAGCUGAAGAAGUGGGAGAAGAAAGUUGCAUCUUUCUGCACGUUUGCACAUACUAAUUUAGCAAAUGGGCUCCCAUAUCAUUCAUGGACUAGUGUGGUCAUCUUUCAUUUCAUAAAUUACUAUGCAGUUUUGUUCACUGUGAGUAUAAUCUGUAUUUAGUGAUUGCAAGAUGCUUAUGCCACUGAUUUCUGUUCCAUCCAAGCUGACAGGAGUUAUUUGAUAAUGCACAUACUUUAAUUGCAAAAAUGUAAAUUUGAAACUUGUAUAAUGUUCUUGUGCUUUUGAAAUAAAAUAUCUUGUAUAUGUAUAUUUAAAAAAAAAAGAAAUAAAGUAACUUCUCGUAGAUUAUUCAAUUUUUAUUUGACACCUCACAGUUCUUUUUACAAGAGCAUCAUAGCGGUGUCUGUCAGUAUGAAAAAGGAGAAGGGUUAGUAAAUGGUUGGUAGACAAUACCAGUUACUCCUGUAGUCUGUAUAAUUUUUGUACCAUUAGGAAUGAUGCCGUGCUUUUUGUUAUGUAAAGAAAUACACUACUUGAAACUUUUCCCAGUAUUUUGUAGAUGCAAAUUCCUUCAGUGUCUACCUCAAUUUGUAAAAUAAGUCUUAAAUGCAGAAUUUAAUAUUUAGAUGUCCUAAAACCAUUUAGUUGAGUGAUUCUGGUUUUGUAUCUUGUCAAAUAAGAACUGUUUGUCAGAACAACCUCUAGAAAGGGAAGCCUUGUGGUGUUGGUAUAGUGUGCUGUGUGAUACAUGUUAAAAAAAAAA